CUGUUUUUCAAAAUUCUCAACUCUCCUAAACCACUGUGCACAAGAAUGACGGCAUAACUUUACUUUUCAAAUCCCAGUUUCUUCUCUUCUAAUUUUGGCGCUUUCCCUAUCCUGAAUGCGUUGCUUCUUCUUGAUACUCUCUGUUAUUGCCCUCUGAUUCCACGCUUUCUGCAUUAUUCUCCGCAUCGUCGUUCUUGAAAAAUUGAUAACAUGAAUUGGAGGUCCCCAAAUGGAAAUAUCUGGAAUGAUAUAUCAUUUAGAGAUUGCGGUCAGAGCCAGUUUAACUACUAUGGUCAAGUUCCUCAUCAUGGUAGGGAUUUCCACCAUGGUGGAGAUUGCGGUCAGAGCCAGUUUAACUACUAUGGUCAAGUUCCUCAUCAUGGUAGGGAUUUCCACCAUGGUGGUGGUACAUACGUACCUCGUAAUGGUUGGGAUUUGCACUCUGCUGGUGGUACAUAUGUGCCUCAUCAUACCCCUGAACCAACUAUUCCUGCUCUAGGACCAUUACACCGGCCACAACCAAGGCUAAAUUGUAAAAUUUGUGAUGUUAAGUUGUGUGGUUACAAAAGUAUUGAAGAACAUAAUCUUGGAAAGAAACAUCGAAGAAUGUUGAAGCUACGCGAGGAAACUGAUAAACAAAGAAUAUCAAAUGGGCAGAUUCCAAAUUCUCAAGUGGAUUUAGCAGGUCAACCUAAGAGAAUUCUGAAAUCUGGGGAAAAAGGAUGCGCAGAAAUAAAAGUGAUUUCUGAAGCUACUUCUGCCAAGCAUAAGAAUUAUGUGCGGAAAGAUAAAGGGGUUACUCCUGAAGUUCCGGCUGAAGGGAAACCUAGGAAUAACACUAGCACACAGGGUGUGGUUAAACCUGAAGUUCCAGCCCAUGGGAAACCCAGGGAUGAUACAAGUGCACAGAGUCAUAAUUUCAAACGUAAAAUCGAUGGAGCCAAAACUGGUAAAUACAUGAAGACAAAUGAUGGAGCAAGAAGGCCCAUGGAAUCAUCAAAACUUGAUACUAAUUCUCGGUCAGCUUCUGUAAUAUCUCCCAUCCAAAUACCUGUAUCUGCACCGCUCCCAUCUGUGACAUCUCCUGCGAUUACCCCAUUACCUGUAGAAGGAUCAAGUUUCAAAUUUGUACAUCAGCGUAUCUUAACUCUUCAAACACAAGUAUGGGAAGGUAAUGAGAUUCCAAAUCCUACUGUAGAAACAAGAAAUCAUCCACAUGUGGCUUCGUCUUCAAAUAUUAACACCCAACCUAAAGCUUUGUCUUCUGAUUCUGAAGCAAAAGUAAUAAAACCAUCAAAAAUGGGAUACUGUAAAAUUUGUGAGGUUCGUCUACCACCCCUAACAAAGGACAUAGAAUUACAUAACAAAGGAAAGAGACAUCAAAGAGAGUUGAAACUACAACAGAGAUUAGGGAGUUCAAAAAGUUCAUAUGGGCAAAUUUCAAAUUCUCAUAAGAAUUUGGUAGUUCAAUCUAAGACAGUUCAGAUAACUGAAACAAAACAGCACAUGUUAACAAAUAUGAGUUCUGAGGCUAGUAUUUUGGAGCAGAAGAGUUACCUGCAGAAAGUUAUGGGACUGACCUCAGAAUUUGCAGCUAAAGGACCUGAAAUGAAACCUACAGAUAACAGUGGUUAUAAGAAUCAUGGUUUCAACUAUAAGAGCAGAAGAGCCAAAAGAGGUAAACACAAAAAGAAGAAUUUGCCCAUGGAAUCAUCAAAAGUGAAUAUCAUUUCCCAAUUAAAAUCUGUAGAAUUUCCUGUACAAAACUCAGUACCAGCUUUAGCAGCGCUGCUUGGGCCUGUGGCAUCUCAUAUAAUUGCACCAACACUUUUAGUGGAAUCAAGUCUUGAGCCACAAAUUCAACACAUUUCAUCAUCGAAGGCACCUGUAUUAGAGGGAAAUGAGCAUUAUGAGAUUGAAAAUCGAAAUUUAGAAGUGACUGAUCAAUCACAUGCCCCUGCAGAUUCUGAUAUUAAAAUCCAAAUUGAAGAUAUGGGUUCUAAUUCGGCCGCAAUGGCAGUAGUACCAUCGGAAGGGUUUAUGACAUCUCAGGUAUUUGCACCAUCCCUGGACGUGGCAUCUAAUUUUGAACCUCAAACUCAACAUGUUUUACAGACAUCUGUGUUAGGAAACAAAGAACUUCCAGAGAUUGAUAAUCUCACUUUGAAAACAAAUUAUCAGCCAUCAACAUCAGCAAGAUCAAGUUCUGAACCUCAAAUUGAACUUGUUUUACAUAUUGAAACAGAAUCUCAGUUAUCAGAACGCACAAGUAAUUCUGAGAGCCGAAAUUGUGUUGAUGAGAAAAACAAUCAGCUGGUGCCAUCAGUUCUGGCAGAGUUCAAUUCUCCUUCAUGUCAUCAAGCUAUCAGCCACUCUGCGGAUGGAUGUUCUAAUCAUGAACAAAAGAUGGAUAUUAUCAUGCAUCAAUCAGGGACCACUCAGCAGUCUCAGGUUUUCUCUGUGAAACAUGGUUUGGCUGUUUGUCUUAAUUGCGGCGAUGUAGGCUUUCAAGAGACACUUGUCUUUUGCAAGAAGUGUCAGGUUUAUGCCAUUCAUAGGUAUUGUUUAGAUGGGCCUGUGAUUUUUACCGCUGAUGUUAAUUGGUUUUGUGAUUGUGAGCCCGAGGUAGCAGAUACAUCUGCAGAAAAUGUCUCUCUAAACUCCGCAAAUAUUUCAUCUCAAAAUAGCAGUGAGAGAGUAAAGAACAAGCAAGGGCAACAAAAUAUGGAAGCUAAAACAAUGGCGCUGUUAUCUGACAAUCAUAGCUUGUCUCAUCAUGGGCUGUCUCAAUGCAGUAACAACACUGAAAGGGAAGAGUUUGGAAAAGAGUGUCAACCAGCUCCAAAAGAUGAAGCUAAUAAUACUGAGGGGUCUAUGAUUCUGACUGUUCCACAUCCUAUUGCAGAACCAGUCUGGAGGGGAAGUCUGCGCCUCUCCUGCCCUAGUAUUCAUACUGUUCUUAGGCUUUUAGCCCACAUGUCCACUUUAGCAUGUUCCAAAGUUUUGGAGGAGACAAAACUUUUCCCCGAUGUGCUUUGCCCAGACUUGCUCUCAAGAACUGCGGUGUGGCCGAAGUCCUUCAUGAAUUGUGGUCCAAAUGAUGAUAGCAUUGCUCUUUAUUUCUUUCCUGACACUGAUAGUGUUGAGAGGUCCUAUGACAAGCUGGUUGAUCACAUGAUGUCCGGUGACCUCGCCAUAAGAGCUGUGGUUGAAAAUGCAGAUCUUCUAAUUUUUCCUUCCGUAUUACUCCCUAUCCAAUGCCGAAGAUUUCAAGAAAAAUACUACUUGUGGGGGGUCUUCAGAGAAAGAAAAAACUUCACACAAUACAAAUGAUGGGGUGUGUGGAGAGGUUACUAGUGGGCACUAGCCCUUAACUCUUCAGAAACAGAGUCUACCAAAGACUUUGAGGACUUCUGCUAGUUCAUGUUCUGUGAAUAAUUGAUUCAGUGUCUAUACGCAGCGAUUUAUUGAUUGCGAAUUGGUACAUUUUGAUAGUUAGUACCUGUUUCUUUGCUCUGUUUGAUAGAACUGGUGUUUUAGAUUUUAGUUAUUAGCAGUUGGCCCAUAACAAAAUUAUAAGGGCUAUGUGUAUAAGUUUUUCUUAAUUUAGUAUAUAAAUGUAUAUCGGUCAGCCAAAGACAGGACCAUUAUUCA